GCUCUCCUCCUGCAUGGACCUGCAGUAUAUGAGAGGGUCUCCUGUAGCAUCACUGCAGUGUAGAGGAGGGCAGGACGGCUUUAAAAGGAUGUGUUAAAAGGAUGGUGCACCAGGAGAAACGCAUUUACCAGGCUCAGAGGAAUGAGAGGGAGUCGAUCAGGCAGAAACUUGCCCUUGGCAGUUUCUAUGACGACGAGCCUGUCAUCUACACCAGCUGCAGCAAGAACGGCCCAUCCUCCCGGCGGCAGAGCGGCGUAAACCUACAGGUGUGUUUUGUUAAUGACAGCAGUAGUGACAAAGACAGUGAUGCUGAGGACAGCAGGACAGAGACCAGUUUGGACACACCGCUGUCUCCUGUGAGCAAGCAGAGCUCGUCAUUGUCGGACCGGGACACCGGAGAGGAGGACUCGGAUCCGUUAGAUGACUGCAGUGGGUUUUGGCGGGUGCAGCGGAGGCUGCAGGAGGAGGCCCGGGUGGCGCUGGCUCUGGCUCAACCCAUGGCCCGCAUGCAGGUGGAGGUGGAGAGGCAAAUUCAGCUGCACAGACGCUCGCCUGUGGCUGACCUGCUCCCCCAUAUGCCCCACAUCAGCGAGGCCUUAAUCAAGUGGAAUCUGAGGCGAGGGGACAUGAGAAACAUGAGUCUUGGGCAGCUACAAGUCAUCACAAAUGACUUGCACUCACAGAUUCAGAGUUUAAAUGAGGAGCUGGUGCAGCUGCUGCUGAUGAGGGAUGAGCUGCAUGUCGAGCAGGACGCCAUGUUGGUGGACAUAGAGGACCUCACCAGGCAUACACACAGCCAUCAGCGGCACCAGGCGGCAAAAGCAGCUUCUAAGUAAAGAAUCGGUUCUGUCUGCACGCUGCUCAACCUCCCAUUCCACACUAUAGUGUUGCUGUUAACACUCUGCUGACUGUUUCUGUAGAGCCCAAUGCAGCGUAUAGUAUUAACACAUCCAGUAUUUGUACAGUAACACUGCACGGUCCUGUUUGGGUAAGAUUUUAGUAAAGACACGUGAGUUUGUGCAGCAUUUUCUCUCUCACUCAGCAUGAUACAUCAUCCUAUACUUCAGAGAAUUUAGAUGGGAAUCCACUUGACAUAACUCCAACCCAGACUUUAUUAAGUGUGAGGUAAUUUUUGCACAGUUUACACAUUUUUUAAAUGGCUUGAUUUUUUGUUUGUUUGUUUUUUAGA